GCUAGAUAAUUUAGUAGCUAGUUAGCUAGUUUUAUCUUCUUUUGGGUUUAGCUAACACAUUUGCUGUGGUUUGUUAACUUGAGACAUCUGUGGCAUUUGUGUUACUUGGCAAAUAUAAACGUGGCUUAGUUUACCUGUCGAAACUUGUUUACCACUGGCUAUGUAAAUAGUUAACCCAUGCUAAUGGCUUGCUGACUGACAGAAGGACCAUUUGUGUAUUUCUCAAAGAUUUGAACGUAUACUUUUAGUGUUGUAUUGUGAAGUGUUGCAAAAGGGCUGUAAUUGUGAUGAUGCUUAGCCAACUUGAUGGACCCAGCUCAAAAGCAGUACGGCCUUGUACUCCGAGGCGAUCACUAAUUGUUCUUGAUAGGCAUUUUAUUCGAUACAUUAUCAUCUGCCUAAAGAUGAUUAGAAUUGUUGUUAUGAGCUUUGUUUUUCAUGUAAACUUGCCCUGCUUCCUCACAGGCUGCAUCACAAAGAUACUCUGAGACCGAGUUAGGACAAUGUAUGAAAAUGUCCCAACAGUCUCCACAGUGGAGCGCCAGCAGGUAUUGCAGGCUUUGGAGCGGCUGCAGGCCAAGAUGGCCCAGAGGGAGGAGUGGACCCACAGUGAGAGGCUGGGGGUGCUGAGGGAUGCUCUACAGAGCCCACUGCUAGGACACAUCCUCACGCUGCAGCAUUCAAUCAAACAACUCAAAGACCAGCUGAACUGCAUGCCUCCAGACACCUGCAGUGAUUUCAGCUUCUCAAGGAAGGGCCAGCUGAUUGUCAGUGCCAGCCGCUCAGCCAGCAGCCUGUGCACGUCCAGCCCCGGCACUGUGUUGUCCAACGGCUCGUCCCUUGCCUCCCCCGACCAGCUCCAGAGAUGGUUCUGCACCUCCGCUAAGGGGAGGCAGACAGAGCACGUCAGCCUGCCUAAGCCCUUGUCUGGGGGCCUGGGCUUCAGUGUGGUGGGCCUAAGGGCCGAAGGGACAGGGGACCACGGGGUCUUCAUCAGACACGUCCAGCCUAGGAGCAUCGCACACAGGGAUGGGCGCAUACAGGAGAACGACCAGAUCCUGGUGAUCAACGGGACGCCCCUGGACCAGAGUGUCACCCAGCAUCAGGCCAUCGCUCUCCUGCAGCAGCCUGGGGACAGGGUGGAUCUAGUGGUGGCCAGAGAUCCUGCCACCAUCACACAGCAUACACACACCCUCCCGCCCCAACUCCCGCCUGGGCCCAGUCACAAGGAGCAGUGGGGCCACAUGGAGGAGAUGGAGCUGCUGAACGACGGCUCGGGCCUGGGCUUUGGGAUUGUUGGAGGCAAGGCCACUGGGGUGGUGGUGCGGACUCUGGUUCCAAACAGUGUGGCUGACAAGGAUGGGCGCCUGCGUACAGGUGACCACAUCCUGCGUAUUGGUGAGACCCCCACAGGUGGCUUGACCAGCGACCAGGUGGUCAAGGUGAUGCAGGGCUGCGGGAGCCACGUGCGCAUGCUCAUCGCCCGUGACCCCUCGGGACAGUACUCCACCUCCCCGCCGCCCCCUCCCCCGCCCUCUGCCAGCCCCGUCUUUGUCUUACCCUCUGGAGUCGAACCCCAGAGUAGGAUCCGCAGGACACCCAACCUGGAGGGUUAUGAGAUCCAUAAAGUGCCUCUGAGGAAGAAGGAGGGCCAGAGCCUGGGGAUCACCAUCAUCGGAUACAACUCCUUAACCCGCGAAGACGCGGUCGGGGUGUUUGUGAAGAACGUGGUUCCUGGGAGUGCCGCUGAGCAGAGCGGAAACAUCCGGAUCUAUGACAGGAUAAUAGAGCUGGACGGGGUGAGCCUGCAGGGCUUCACUAACCAGGAGGUUCUGGAGGUGAUGAAGCAGACAGGCCAGACGGUCCUCCUCACCCUGGUCAGGAAAAUGGCCUCGCCCAAACCGUCACUGGAGAGGUCCCUGGACAAAGGUGUGGAAGAGAUAUCUCUGUCUGAGCUGGAGCUGAAGGACAAAUGGGAGCAGUCUCUGGGGCCACAGUACGAUGUUCUGGUUGUUGAACUGGACCCUGUUAUUGAAGAUGAUGCUGAAUUACAGAAUUACUCCAAGCUGCUACCCAUCCACACCAUGCGUCUGGGGGUGGAGUUGGACUCGUUUGACGGCCACCACUACAUCUCCUCUGUGGCCCCAGGAGGCCCUGUGGCCAAACACGGCCUCCUGAGACCAGAGGACGAACUACUAGAGGUAAACGCGGUGCAGCUUUACGGCAAGUCGAGGCGCGAGGCGGUGGCGUUCCUUCGUGAGGUUCCCCCUCCCUUCACCCUGGUGUGCUGCAGACACCUGACAGAGGAGAACUCAGACUACCAGCAUGACCGGGACGAUAAGUGGCGCUCGCCCAGCACUGCUGCCAGCCUCUCUGAGAUUGAAGCCAAGCUGUCUUCUGUAUGGAUUAGUCAAGCAUACCGCCGAGACCCUACUGGUGACCAGCUUCAGGACCGAGCCACCCUAAAGGAGAUCUCAGAGGAGGACCGAGCCACCCUAAAGGAGAUCUCAGAGGAGGACCGAGCCACCCUAAAGGAGAUCUCAGAGGAGGAGCAAGUGCCCACAUGGAAGGAAGAGGGAGAGCUGGCUCUGUGGUCCCCAGACAUCCAGUUGUUGGAGCUGGAGAAGAGAGAGAGAGGCCUGGGCUUCAGCAUACAAGACUACCAGGUGAAGGAGGACGGUGGAGAUGGUACUGUGGAGAAGCUGGAGUCCAGAGCCCUCUUUGAUCAGCUCUCUCUAGGUCAGUCUGUGAAUUCCUGGGUGGAGACUGGGGACAGCGAGGCGGAUUCAGACUCCAGAAACGGAAGAUCAGAACUCAUCCUCACAGACACAGACUCGGUGCAUUUGAUUGGCACAGAGAGGAGAAAGAGGAGGGGCCAGGGAGGAGGACGACACAGUGAUCUACCUGAGAGGGAGGAGGGAGAGGAGACCCCUGCCUUCAGUCACUGGGGACCCCCACGCAGAGUGGAGGUGUGGCAGGAGGAUUGCGAGUCUCUUGGCAUCAGCAUCGUGGGCGGGCACAGCGUCAUCACAAGACUGAAGAAUGGAGAGGAACUCAAGGGCAUCUUUAUCAAACAGGUACUGCCGGAGAGCCCAGCGGGACGCACUCGCUCCCUCAAGACUGGAGACAAGAUAGUGCAGGUAUCAGGUGUGGACCUCCAGAAUGCCAGUCAUGAGGAGGCAGUCCAGGUCAUCAAGACAGCUCCCAGUCCCGUGGUCUUCAUC